AUUUCUAUUCUACGGUGGAAAACACAAAGCAAAGCUGAAAAAAGAGAAGAAAAGCAAGCGCCUCUUGCUCUUCUCUACUGCUCUGUCUCUCUUUUCUGCUCCUCUCAUCUUUUCCUUUUUUUCUUUGCGGGAUAGGGUGGGUGCAAGUAAAAGAGGUGGAGGGGGGGUUAGAGUGCUCGGUGGCGCACGCUAGCACCAGGGGGCCUAAUUGUACGCCCUGGUUCAUCUCAUGGAUUCCUCUAUUCGCUUCGGUCUCACGGCAAUUCUACAUUGAAAAGGGAAAGAGAGAGAGAUCGAAUCGAAACUUUACUUUCCUUUAAUUCAAUCUACCAUUUGCUGUAGAGUCUUCAACAAUUCUGGCGGACCUCAAAGGAACCCUAGCGUUCCUUCGAUUGUCCUUUAUCUCAAUAGUGGCAGAUCGGUUCGAUUUUAAAUCAAAGUACAAGAAGAAGAGAAGAGGGAUUUAUGGUGCAAAGAUGCUUUGGAUUCUACGAUUCUCAGGCUUCUUCUCUGCCGCAGUUGUGAUGAUUAUACUCUCUCCUUCUAUCCAAUCCUUCCCCCCAGCUGAGGCCAUUCGCUCCUCCAAUCUCGACGGCUACCUCCGUUUCCCCAUCCUCCCCUCCCCUCCCGAUUACCUCCCUCAACUAUCCUUCCGAAGGUCGACCAUAUUCCGCAAUGCUGAUGAAUGCCGCUUCUCUGCCCGCCAAAUCAGGGGCAAAACCAGUGUCUGUGAUCCUUCAUUGGUUCACAUAGCGAUUACUCUCGAUGUGGAGUAUCUUCGUGGUUCAAUCGCGGCUGUUCACUCAAUUUUGCUUAACUCUUUGUGUCCAGAGAAUGUUUUCUUCCAUUUCUUAGUCUCUGAGACCAAUCUGGAAUCCCUAGUUCGAUCCACUUUCCCUCAAUUGAAGUUCAAAGUGUAUUAUUUCGAUCCGGAGAUUGUACGCAGCCUCAUCUCGACUUCAGUUAGGCAAGCGCUUGAGCAGCCACUCAAUUACGCCAGGAAUUAUUUGGCUGAUUUGCUAGAGACCUGUGUUAAAAGAGUGAUCUAUUUGGACUCUGAUCUUGUUGUCGUUGAUGAUAUCGCAAAGUUGUGGGCUACUAAUUUGGGUUCUAGAACAAUCGGAGCUCCAGAAUAUUGUCAUGCCAACUUCACAAAGUAUUUCACUUCGGGUUUCUGGUCUGAUAAGCGUUUUUCAGGGACAUUUCGGGGGCGGAAACCCUGUUACUUUAACACUGGAGUGAUGGUGAUAGAUCUGGUGAAAUGGAGACAUGCCCAAUAUACGAAGUGGAUUGAGAGGUGGAUGGAGGUCCAGAAGAGUGACCGGAUCUACGAUUUGGGUUCCUUGCCGCCGUAUCUUUUGGUAUUUGCGGGAAAUGUGGCGCCGAUUGAGCACCGGUGGAACCAGCAUGGGUUAGGUGGUGAUAAUGUGAGAGGUAGUUGCCGGGACUUGCAUCCGGGUCCGUAUAGUCUAUUGCAUUGGUCAGGUAGCGGAAAGCCGUGGCUCAGGCUCGACUCAAAGCAACCGUGCCCUCUUGAUUUCCUGUGGUCACCAUACGAUUUGUACGGACACUCGCGUUUAUAAAUUCUACUCGCCGGUAAAUUUAUUACCCGUCAGGAUCUUUUUUUUGUUAAUUUCUUUCUUCUUUUUUGUUCUUUAAUUUCGUUCUUCCUAUGACCUCAUUUUUUUUCUUUGAUUUUAAUAUCAAAUCAUUUCUGAGGCGAUUUGUAUUCUAUUCUAUUAUUCCUGCCUUUGAAAAAUAAAAAUAUAUAUAUAAAAAAUAAGGGAGACAUUCAAUUUGUUA